GUUCUUACCCGGCCUGCCCCGCGCGACCGCUUCCGGAAGUGGAUCUCGUCUCCUCCCAAACGGAGCUUUUGUGCCUGAACUUGCCGGGCCUGCGACGGCACCGCAGGGCUGCAGAAACUCGGGGGCCAAGGGCGGGCUGCUUGCCGCAAUGGCUGGCAGUCAGGACAUAUUCGAUGGCAUCGUGAUGGCGGAUGAGAGGUUUCAUGGGGAAGGGUAUCGGGAAGGCUAUGAAGAAGGCAGUAGUUUGGGUGUGAUGGAGGGAAGACAGCAUGGCACGCUGCAUGGAGCCAAAAUCGGGUCUGAGAUUGGGUGCUACCAAGGUUUUGCUUUUGCAUGGAAAUGUCUACUGCACAGUUGCACCACUGAGAAGGACAGCAGAAAGAUGAAGGUCUUAGAAUCAUUGAUUGGAAUGAUCCAGAAAUUCCCUUAUGAUGACCCUACUUACGAUAAACUCCAUGAAGACUUAGACAAAAUCAGAGGAAAAUUUAAACAGUUUUGUUCAUUACUCAACGUUCAGCCAGACUUUAAAAUUAGUGCAGAAGGUUCUGGACUUUCAUUUUGAGGAAGAUGGAUGAACAGAGACCGAACAUCGAGGAACAGAUGUGUGUGUGAUGUGUUUAGGAAUGCAGUGAAGGGCCAGACGGUGCUGGGAAGGCCAUUGUUCAGUGGGAGGGUGAGGAUUCCGGUUCGGCCGUGGGAGGGCCUCCUUCCCUGGGAUUUUCUGCCCGUGUCACCUCGGUGCCCGCCUUGGGGCCUCUCCACACAUGCCCUUUGUUGGGCUGAAGCCAUCCCUGGCAGAGCCCUCACACCGCUGCUCCCCGCUGUGCCCGCAUGCAGGCCUGGCCUCUCCGGCAGCAUAGGCCUAGCUGGUUCUGGGUUGGGGUUGGUUCUGGAUAGGGUCAGUCCCCAAGCCUGGACUUGAGGCAGUUAUUUUUUUAUUAUUAUUAUUAUUUUGCAACGAGAGAGACGAUUGUCCCUGAACGAGGCUCGUGGGAGGUUUGGACGGUUGCUGUGCCGCAUGUUGAGGCCGAUUGUGCCCCAGGCGCUGCGGGACGUGCCUCCCGUGUUUUAUUUAAUCCCUUCAGGAGCCCGCAAGGUGGGUGUUAUUAUCAUUUUACAGAGGAGGAAGGUGAGACGCGAAGGGAUUGCCUGGUCUAAAGGCACUCAGCAGCAGAGCUAGGACUUCUGCCCCAAGGCCGUGCCUCACCGCCACCAGGCACAGCUGCCUCCAGGAUGCACAGUACGGCACCUGCAGCACUGGCAGUCCCUGCCCUCCCUCCCAGGCUGCACGGGUCCUGCCGAGCCUCACGGAGCACAGGGGAGUCUGUGGUGGCCAGUUUGCCUAGGCAUCUGGCUGAGAGGAAGAAAGGCCAGCCCGAUCCUGAGGGGACCCAGACCUAUCCUUCACACUGUCCCCAGAGGGGCGACGGGCUUUGCAGCAUUAAAAAAUGGUGAAGGGGGGAAAUAUUUUGAACCAAAGACCAAAUGUUAGGCCGCCGUUAUGUUUGCAGAAACUUUGAGAACCAUGUGUACAGGCUCCUGCAUUCUCCCCUCUCCUAGGAGCUCUUUUGUCUCUGUCAGUCCUUAUGAGGCGUCAUACAGAGGCAGUGGGGUGGGCACAGAUGAGCAGAGUGGAUGGUUCGGUGGGUCCCCACGAGGUGAGUGGUCAUAUGCGAUGGCACGUGUUCACGUAUCCUCCUGUGUGCACCCCAGGGUCACCGAGUCCCCACACUCUGGCUCUCCCCACCCCUCAUGUUCCAGAAAGCAUGUCUGAAAGCAGUCCACGACAUUAUUAAGGAGUCGCCAUGAAUCCACUUCAGUUUUAAAACCAUUCCCAAAUGUCCUAGUGCAUUGUGCUGUGCUGCCUAAGCUGCUGACUGCAGGAGCCAGAGCAGUGACCCCCACGGGAGCAGUGGCAGAUGGACCGCCACAGUGGCUCACUUUGUUUUUGUUUCAGUUUUUCUUUUGAGACGGAGUCUCACUCUGUUGCCGAGGCCGGAGUGUAGUGGCGCGAUCUCGGCUCACUGUAACCUCCGCCUCCUGAAUUCAAGUGAUUCUCCUGCUUCAGCCUCCCUAGUAGCUGGGAUUACAGGCGCACACCACCACGCCCAAGUAACUUUUGUAUUUUUAGUAGAGAUGGGGUUUUGCCAUGUUGGCCAGGCUGGUCUUGAACUCCUAGCCUGAAAUGAUCCACCCACCUCCACCUACCAAAGUGCUGGAAUUGCAGGCAUGAGCCACCACUCCCGGCCUGCUUUUUGUUUUUGAAGACAAGACUUAGGUCUCCUCCUCCCAAACUCUAAACCUGCGUGUGGCUGUGCACCCCUCAUUUGUAGCCUCACCUCAGGUCUGGGGAAGUCUGCGUUGGCAUCACCUCGUUGUGCCUUCAUCAGUGCUGGUGCCUUCACACCAGAAAGACUCUCGUUCUUUCUAGAUGGUGGGAUCGGGCCUUUGUUGUGUUUCCCUUGGUGGAUUUUUGUGUUUUGUAAGUUGUCUAUUUUGAUAAUGUAUUAUUUUUAUAAUUGGAAAAAAAGUAAAUAGCAUAUUUUAAAGUGAAA